CCUCGUCCGCGCGUACAUCUGCUGUGCGAGCGAGCGGCGCGAUGCGCCGUGGUCCUGUAAUGUAGUUUCGAUGCUGUGUGAUCGAGUGUCGCCUUCCAUCUCUCUCUCACCUGUCACCUGUCACAAGUGUCAUCGCGCAAUCGUCGCCCAACGGAAUCGAGAGUUUUCUGUAAGUGAUUCGGUGCGAUACGGGAUAUUAUCUGCCCACACCGCCGUUGGAACCAUGACGGUUACGUGCGCCAGCGAACGCAUCAUCGUGCAAGAAAGAUUGUAAAAGAAGCGCAGAAACUCUUCGAGAUGGCUACCAAAACUGACGACGCAGCUUCUAUCGACAAUCCCAAUGAUGGAGAGAGUCUGGAUAAAGAAAUAUUGACAAUCGGUGGAAACGAUGGCAGAAGACUUCCGCCGACGUAUUUGUAUAAUACGGGAUCAGUAGAGAGUACAGGAACUUCCGACCAGGAACAAACCGUUCGAAAUCGUACUCCAGCCACGGAGGAUGAAUUAGGUCCGUUACCGUCUAAUUGGGAGAAGGCGUACACGGACACAGGAGAAGUUUAUUUUAUAGACCACAACACAGGCACAUCUCACUGGCUAGAUCCGCGUCUGUCGAAAUUUCAAAAGAGAUCUCUGGAAGAAUGUCUCGAUGACGAAUUACCGUACGGUUGGGAAAAGAUCGACGACACUCUAUAUGGUACAUACUUCAUCGAUCACGUGAAUCGUAGAACGCAAUACGAAAAUCCGGUCUUGCAAGCGAAGAGGGCUCAACAGGGCAUGCUCGAGAGGAAGAGUCCCAACUUCACCAGAAAUCCCGACAAACUCAAGGGUCAGAGGAUACGAACAGCCUUGAUCAAGAGCUCGCGGGGCUUGGGAUUUACCAUUGUCGGCGGUGAUGACACCGUGGAAGAAUUCCUGCAAAUUAAAAGCGUCGUGCCAAAUGGUCCAGCAUGGUUGGAUGGGAAACUACAAACCGGGGACGUGUUAGUAUACGUUAAUGACACCUGCGUGUUAGGAUUUACUCAUAAUGAAAUGGUGAAUGUAUUCAAGUCAAUCGGUAGCGGCGAGACAGUAAGUUUGGAAGUGUGUCGGGGUUAUCCGUUGCCUUUUGACCCCAACGAUCCUAAUACGGAGGUUGUAACGACGAUCGCCGUUAAUGCACCAGAAGGUCCCGCGAUGUACAUGGAUUUGAACUCGUCUCUCCAGGACAAUGGACGUUUCAAUUUUCUGGAUUCCACAUUCUUGCCGGUGCACAAUCUUCAGAACGGCGAGAAUCUCACCACGACGUCGGUCAAUUCGAUGCCCGAUCUAUGUAUUUCAGAUAAAAUCAAUACAAUUAAGAGACCAAGCAGCACGGACAUUCUGCUAUCAGAGAGCAGUGAUUUGAACGACUGUAAGAACUCGCCGGUGUCUUCCAAGCCGGAAUUUCUCAGCAUCGCCAUCGUGAAGGGGUCCAUGGGAUUUGGAUUUACGAUAGCGGACUCUGCCCACGGUCAGAAAGUCAAGAAGAUCCUGGAUCGUCAGCGUUGCAAGAAUUUGAUGGAGGGUGAUAUACUGGUUAACAUAAAUGAGAUCAAUGUCAGAAACAUGUGCCACUCGGAAGUGGUGCAAGUAUUGAAAGACUGCCCGCGCAACGAGGAGGCAUUGAUACAUGUUCAGCGAACAACAACGAAAUCGACAAAGGAGAAGAAAGAGAAGAAUAUACAGGACUUUUUUAGAAGUAAAACGCCCACCGCAGAUAUCUAUAGUACUCAGUCGAAGACAAUAAUACCUAGUAGACCAAAAACACCCCUCAUCGACACCAGGAAUCAUCCUAAAUCACCGACCGGCGCGAGCAGAUCGAACUGGAACGAAGUACAGGGAGAAAAUGAAUUGAAUCCGCUGGAUAAUCACUAUAAAUAUGCCGAUUAUUCACACGGAAUGUAUUACUCGGAUCCGUACAAAGCUAAUAUCACAGCCAACUUGUCAGACAAUUUCGCGGUGAUGAAUCUCGACGACGAUUCCAUCAGGAAUGUGUCGAAACGCGACUGGGUUGCGAACGAUAAAUUGAAUAUCAACAGUGAUGUGUAUUCCAUCGAUAUCUCCCAUCACGACAAUAUGCUCAAGCAAAAUGGAUAUUUGCAUUCCGAUUACUACAAGGACGUUUAUCCCGUUCAAUCGCAUUCCCAGUAUAACGAGGAUUAUAAUAUGUACUCCAUUGGACAGGAGCAAAACGUUGACACCGGUGAAAUCUGGGAUAAGAGGAAAGAGACAACCAGUUUCGAACACGAACAGCCACAUUCCAGUUCUAUAUCUCGAUAUCCUCAAUACACAAAUGAAUUGGUCUGUCCAAUGGUUCCCGACAUAGAAUGGAUAGAAACUCUAGUGACUUUGGUCAGACAAGACACUGGAUUUGGAUUCAGAAUAGUCGGUGGUACAGAAGAAGGAUCUCAGCAGGUUUCAGUGGGUCAUAUAGUUCCUGGUGGAGCGGCUGAUCUCGACAGCAGACUCAAUACCGGCGAUUUGAUCAUGUCUGUCGACGGGGAAAGCGUCAUGAACUCAUCUCAUCAUCACGUUGUGCAGUUAAUGAUAGCAGCGGCACAAAACGGACGAGUGACUCUAGGAAUACGACGUCGAAUCAACACUCAGGAACAUCUUCAAGAGAACCUUCAAUCCUCGUACGGCCGGCAGAUGAAUCUUCAGUAUCCGUAUGAUGUUACCGUCACUCGAAUGGAAAACGAGGGAUUCGGUUUUGUCAUAAUUUCAUCCGUCAACAAAGCCGGCUCCACGAUUGGCAGGAUAAUUGAAGGCUCACCCGCUGAAAGAUGCGGACGAUUAAACGUCGGGGAUCAUAUUCUCGCUGUCAAUCACAUUGAUAUCACGAAUGUUUGCCAUAAGGACAUUGUCAAUUUAAUCAAAGAUUCUGGUUAUUCUGUCACAUUGACAAUUGGAUAUCCGCUCGACGAUUGCUGUAGCAAUACAUCUCUUUCCCAAAAGGAUGAACUUGCAGGAGACGGAGAUGGAGGCCAGUAUCAUGCUGUAGAACUCACUCGGGGCACUCGAGGUUUUGGCUUCAGUAUACGUGGUGGCCGUGAAUUUCAAAACAUGCCUUUAUUCGUCUUACAGAUCGCUGAGAAUGGACCAGCAUCUAUCGACAAUCGACUUAGAGUUGGAGAUCAGAUAAUCGAGAUAAACGGUAUUAAUACCAAAAACAUGACGCAUACAGAAGCGAUUGAAAUUAUACGUAAUGGUGGUCCAUCUGUUCGUCUGUUAGUACGACGUGGGUGUCAAAUGCCUUCAGUGGUAGGUGCUCCUCCACAUCUCUACGAUAUGAACAUAUAGAUAAUUAACCUUUUGAUAAUAACAUAUUAAUUUUAACUUGACAUUUUCCCCCCUCUUUUGAGAUGAUACUAAUGCUAACAUUAGUAUUAUAUAGAAUUUUUUUGAUGAUCUGGAAGACAGAGAGCUUCAGGGUAUAUAACAUUAGGUAUUAUGCUAAGUGAAAAAAAUGGAAGACAAUACAAGAAAAAAAGAAUCUCGGAUAGACAAUUAUGUUGCUGUAAUAAUUCGAUAUUAUGAAAAUAUUAAUGUUUAUUAUUGAUAAUACAAUUUCUAAAUUGAUAGGAAAAAACUAUGAUAUAUUAUUAGUAAAAAUUAUACAUAUAGUGUAUAUUGUGUGAUAGUUUUUCUUGUUUUUAGUGAUGUCUAUAUAGUCAUGGACUUUUAAUGUAUUGCAACUUUUUAAUUCUCAUGAUAAAAAGAUAUUUACUUGAUUCUGUUUAAAAAUAACACGAAGAGCUAAAUUUAAUAACACCAAAUACUGAUGAUUCACUUUCAAAGACAAAAGUAAUGAUAACAUAAUAAUGAUAAAAAAAAUCUACUUUAAUUAUUGUACUCAUACAGAUAAAUGUAUUAAAAAUGUUCUCUAACGAGAGAGAUGAUAUUUGACAAGGAACACACAGAUGACUUUUUUUCUUGCAGCUAUCAUCAUGCAGCUUGUAAAAGAUUUAAUAUAAAGACAAUCGCGUACUUGCUCAUCCUAACAAAAAUUAGGCUGCUAACCAUAGUUUUUCUUCAUUGAUCUAAUUGCAGAGUAAAUGUGAAAUGUAAUUCAUUCUAACAUGUGUGAUAGCUUUGAAAGUAUUGUGCCUUGUUACACGUGUGUUCCAUAUUUAAUGAAAAUUACUAAGCAAAUGUCACAGCCUUCGAAAGUGAUUAUAAACGUGCAUUGAAAUUCAUUAUAGAGUAAUCUCACAAUCGACCAAAUAAGUAUUCGACCGAACGAUGAGGGCAAGCAUUUAUCGAAAUUAUCCGAGAGGGGUGUGUCCCCAAAAAAACGUCAGAAAGUUCGAUUUUCCAUUUCAUUAAACUGCUGUUCAUCCAAAAAUACAUACUCGUAAGCGCUUUUAGAUGUGUUUUUUACAUCUCUCUCGUGAAUUAUAUGAAAUAAGUUAAUAUCUCGUAAGAGAUUAAAAUUUAUUUUAUGGAGAGAGUGAUCCUUUUUUACAAUGAUGCAUUUACUCGAAUAUGCCUUUAAGCGUAGACUGCUGUAGUUUUUUUUAAAGACAAAUUAUUAAUUUAUAUAAAAAUGCGAAUGGUAUAAAUUAUUUACGAUUUAUACUAGCAUAUAGAAAUGUAUUGAAAAUGGCACAAUAUGUAAAGUGUCAAAAGUAUAAAGUUGCAAGUACUAUCUAUUUAUUAAUGCAAUAAUAACAUUGAUACAUAUAAAGAAUCUCAGAAUAUGAUAUGUUAUAUUAUGUAGAGACACAAAACACAAGGGACAGCUGUAUAUCCAUAUGCUGUCAAGGUGAUAUUGUAGACUGGCAAUUAUAUAUAUCUAUAUAUAUAAAUUUAUUAUCUGCUCUUCUCAAUAAUGUUUCAAAGUGUAGACUUUUAAAACUUAGACUCCUAUCGUAAAUAUCAUUUUGUAAAUUUUUUUAUAUAGUGACAUGAUUGUGGCCUUGACGAUAAAAUGUAUACGCUUUUGACAAAAAGUAUACAAAAAAUUAAUAAUUAUUUAAUUUUUAUCGAACAACUCCAUUACUUUAAAUUAUUAUUAUUUUAAAAUACUAUCAAUUACUGUUUUCCCUUUUACCUAAAUAUUUAUUACCACUUAUAUGAAAUGUAUAUGUAUGUCAGUAAUUAAAAUUAAGGACUUAUGCAACCAAAGAAGUAAAUGCACUUAUCAGCCAUUUUAUUUUGAAGUACAGUGUGUGAUAGAGAUUCACACAUAUGGCAAGAAUUUAUUAUUAUAAUAAUUAUUUAAUCAAUGUUCUCUUUUUCGGGCGACAAUUAGUCUCUUGCCCACGAUUAAUAUGAUGACUUUCCAUAAUUAGGAAAUAUUGAAUAGAGCAAAAUUAUAAUAGAGAA